UUUGUUUCUUUUUUUAUAACUGUCGUCUACCGUGUGUAAUAGAAAAAAAAAAUAUCAAAUCAAUGUUAAAAGUUGUUGCUGUUAUACAUUUUAUAAAAACAAGUGAUCAAAAUGAGUGUAUGGCCAGAAGUUUCAACAGCCAAGGCUGAAAACCGCCACGAAAUCAAAUUGGCGGGAGCUGCGAUUUCGAAACGCAUUUCCGAAGGGGGUUUAGACAAGACCGUCUUUCAAUUAUCCAAUUUGAAUCUCUUAAAUAUUAGCGAUACGUGUCUUAUAAGUAUACCAGAUGACAUAAAACGAUUAGUUAAUUUGCAAUCGCUUUUAUUGUUCGGCAACAAACUAGAGGUAUUCAAUGAAAACAUAACCUCACUGACGAAAUUAAAAGUGUUAGAUUUGUCCAGAAAUCAGAUAAAAAGUGUACCCGACAGCUUGAACAAUAUGAAGGAACUGACUAGUAUAAAUUUCAGUUUCAACGCUAUAGAGAACAUCCCGAAAAUAGGCGAUUUACCAAACUUGAUAAGUGUUGAUGUUUCCAACAAUAAGCUGAGCGCUUUCCCGGACGUGGAAAACGCUAAUUUGCCACAUUUAGCCGAUCUGAAUUUGAAAGGGAAUGCUAUUGAGGAUCUACCGAGUUUUGUGGCUCGUAAUUUGCCAUCGUUGAAGAAUUUUGAUAUUGGAGACAAUCGGUUGAAGACGAUUCCUGGCGAGGUAGCAACUAUGUCCAAAUUAAAAGAACUAAACUUGAAAGGCAACAAAUUGUCUGAUAAACGCCUCAUGAAACUAGUUGACCAGUGCCGCACCAAGCAAGUCCUCGACUACAUACGAGAGCACUGCCCAAAAGUGGAUCAAACCCAGUCCACCGCUGGGAAGGGCAAGGGCAAGAAAGGAAAGAAACAAGAAGAACAAACAACAGAAGACAAUGUUUGCGAUCUGUGCCAUUCAAUGAAGAUCUUACAUGUAGAAGAUGAUAUAUUGCAAGUGAAAAUCAUUGAUUCAGAAGUGGGGCCCGUCCGUCCAUACAUACUGUGCUGUAUCAUCACACAUUUGAACUUCACCGAGGCUUUGUUCAAGAAGUUCAUACAACUUCAGACGAAGUUGCACGACACUGUUUGCGACAAGAGGAAUGUGGCCACCAUUGCGACACAUGAUUUGAAUAAGAUUGCACCGGGUGAUCUUGUAUACACAGCGAAAGCACCAUCCCAGCUGACUCUGACUCCACUCUCGCGAGUGCGGCCCUGUACUGGAGAACAGCUCUUCCACCAGCUCACAGCUGAAGCUGAGGCUCUCCGGAAGGAGAAGAAAAGAAACGUCUUCUCCGGCAUACAUAAAUACCUGUAUUUAUUGGAGGGCAAGCCAAAGUACCCAUGUGUGGAAGACGCCAGCGGGAAGGUCAUUAGUUUCCCACCCAUAACCAACAGUGAGGAUACCAAGAUGUCGUACGAAUCGAAGAGCAUGCUAGUGGAGGUGACCUCCCAUGCGUCCCUCGCCUCCUGCAAAACGGUCAUGAACAAGCUACUCCAAGAGUGCCUGCUGCUCGGCAUCGGAGAUGACGCGCCAGACUCCGGCUACCACACGCUCACCGUCCAGCAGGUAAAAAUCGUGGAUCCCGAAGGUAACCUCAAGAGUGUGUACCCGUCCAGAACAGACUGUGUAUACGAAGACACUCCCAGUGUUAAAGUGUACAGGAUGCCCAAGAAAUAGACGAAGAAUUACCUCCCGCAUUGACCUUGAAGAUCCAGUGGUAGAACCUGUUUCAGGAGCACUUAAUCGAAAUGUAAACAAAGAAAUUUAUUUAUUUUAUAUUGCAAUAAUAAAAUUUGUACUAAUGGCGAGCUUAAUGACAUAUAGCAUGCUUUACCAGAUAACCAUUGGGUAAAAAUAGAAAGUGUUUUAGAGCAAUGAUGAUUAAAAAAAAAAUUUAAAUAUAAUUAUUAUUUACAGACAUAAUAAUAUCAAUAUCGCACCGAAUAAUAUUAUAAAUAAUAUACAAUAUAUAU